AUGAGAAGACGCGGGAAAUGUCACGGAGAAGACGUUCCAAUUCCAACGUCACGUGUUAUGCUUUAUUUAAUCAGGAACACGAUUGCUCGAAGAAGAUAUGCUGUAUGCGUGCCGACACGCAAAGAUGCAAGAGUCUCUUUUAUAUUUCUUUCUUUCUUUCUUUAUUUCUUUCUUUCUUUCUUUCUUCACACCCAUCCUUCCUUUCUUUCUUUCUUCACGUCCUUUCUUUGUACUUUCUUUGCAUCCAUCUUUUUCUUUCUUUCUUUCUUUCUUUCUUCUUUCCUUCAUUUCUUUCUUUCUUCACCCAUCCUUUCUUUGUACUUUCUUUUGCAUCCCUUUCUUUCUUUCUUUCUUUUCUUUCUUUUCUUUCUUUCUUUCUUUCUUUCUUUCUUUCUUCACACCCAUCCUUCCUUUCUUUCUUUCUUCACAUCCUUUCUUUGUACUUUCUUUGCAUCCAGCUUUCUUUCUUUCUUUCUUUCUUUUCUUUCUUCACACCCAUCCUUCCUUUCUUUCUUUCUUCACAUCCUUUCUUUGUACUUUCUUUUGCAUCCUUUCUUUCUUUCUUUCUUUCUUUCUUUCUUUCUUUCUUUCUUUCUUUCUUUCUUUCUUUUUUCUUUCUUUCCUUUCUUUGUCCCUUUCUUCUUUUUUUCCUUUUUUCUUUCUUUCUUUCUUUCAUCCUUCCUUUCUUUCUUUUUGUCCUUUCUUUUUGCUUUCCAGCUUUCUUUGUUUCUUUCUUUUUUGUUUCUUUUUGUCCUUCCUUUCUUUCUUUCUUUCUUUCUUUGUUUCUUUGCAUCCAGCUUUCUUUUUUUCUUUCUUUGUUUUUUCUUUCUUUCGUUUCUUUCUUUCUUUUUAUCUUUCUCAUUUUUCUUUCGUCUUCUUCUUUUUUCUCUUUCCCGACCUAUUUUCUUUUUCUUUUUUUUUUCAUUCUUUUUUUUUUCAUUCUCUCUUACAUACUUCCUCUCAUUUUGUCUUUCUCCUUUUAUCUCUUUCAUUUUCUUCCGUCUCCUUCGGGCUCAUCUUUUCUCUGUUUGA